CAGAUGAGCUGUCAGCUGUCCCUCCCUGUUGGUCCCCACCCUACCCGCCAGGCACAUUUCCGGUGGCUACUUGAAUGCUGUGGGUCCUACCUCCUCCUACCUUAAAGAAUUUUCAGCUUCUGUGCAGCACAGAUCUGGAGCUCUGCCCCAGGAACACAUCCAGCACUCCAGGAUUUCAUCCAGUGUCUGCAGAGUUUGGAUCCCUCCACCAGGCACUAAAGAUGUUAUGGCAGAACCUCCAUCAGUUUGGCCAGAAGUUGGUUCGCCGGCGGCCCCUGGCGGCAAACGAACAGUCUGAGUCUUCCUUGUCUCGAUGUCUGACCACUUUGGACCUGGUGUCCUUGGGUGUGGGCAGUACCCUGGGUGCAGGCGUGUAUGUCCUGGCCGGGGAGGUGGCCAGAGAGAAAGCUGGACCGUCCAUCAUCAUCUGCUUCUUAAUUGCUGCCCUGUCUUCAGUGAUGUCAGGACUCUGUUAUGCGGAGUUUGGGGCCAGGGUACCAUGCUCGGGUUCCGCAUAUCUCUACAGCUAUGUCACAGUGGGCCAGCUGUUGGCUUUCAUCACUGGCUGGAACUUAAUACUCAACUAUGUCAUUGGUGCAGCCAGUGUGGCUCGGGCCUGGAGUGCAGCUUUUGAUGGCCUCAUAGGGAACCAUAUCUCCCAAGCCAUGCAGACGACUUUCCCUAUCCAAGUGCCCAGCUUUCUGGCCAAGUAUCCAGACUUUUUUGCGCUUGGUCUGGUGAUAGUUCUCACUGGAAUCCUCGCCCUGGGAGCACGAGAGUCUGCCCUGGUCACCAGGGUUUUCACAGGAGUGAAUCUUUUGGUGCUGUGUUUCGUCUCCCUCUCUGGCCUCAUUAAUGGCAAGCUACACAACUGGCAGCUUACAGAGGAUGACUACAAACUGGCUCUGUUAGAAUCCAACAACACUGACAGCUUGGGACCAAUGGGCUCUGGAGGGUUCAUGCCUUUUGGCUUGAAGGGGAUUCUCCGUGGUACAGCAACAUGUUUCUUUGCCUUCAUUGGGUUCGACUGUAUUGCGAGUACAGGGGAAGAGGCCCGCUGUCCCCAGCGUUCCAUUCCAUUGGGCAUCGUGACCUCACUCUUCAUUUGCUUUCUGAUGUAUUUUGGUGUUUCGGGGGCACUCACUCUCAUGAUACCCUACUACCAGAUUAACAUCAACAGCCCCUUGCCCCAGGCAUUUAUCCACGUUGGAUGGGGGCCUGCUCGCUAUGCAGUAGCUGUGGGAACCUUAUGUGCCCUUUCAUCCAGCCUCAUAGGUUCCAUUUUCCCUGUGCCUCGGGUGGUGUAUUCCAUGGCAGAGGAUGGGCUCCUGUUCCGGAAACUUGCCUAUGUUCAUCCUCGAACACACACUCCGGUCCUAGCCACUGUCCUUUGUGGAAUCAUCGCAGCAUUUAUGGCUUUCCUCGUUGAGCUCAGUGAUCUGGUGGACCUCUCGUCCAUAGGGACCCUGCUGGCCUACACCUUAGUGACCUUCUCUGUUCUGAUCCUCAGGUACCAGCCGGACCAGGUCUUAAGCUCUUGUAAGAGGGAGAAGUCUGAGAGUGCAGCUGUGGAGCUGGAGCCUGGACUUGAACCUUCUUCAUGCAUGGAGCCUAUUUCUCCAGAAGGGAUGCCAGGGAUUGCAAGGACACUCUGUAUCCCCACGAACACCACCCCAACUCUGAGAUCUGGCCGGAUUGUCUAUGGAUGUGCUUCCCUGCUCGUCUUUCUUCUGAUGCUCCUGUGCCUGAUCCUGACCCAGUGGUCCACACAGCUAUUCUCUGGGGACCCAGUUUUGAUUGCCAUGGCUGCUUCACUAUUGCUUCUUACUGUCGGAGUGAUCACUGUCAUCUGGAGACAGCCUCAGAGCACCACUCCUCUCCACUUCAAGGUUCCAGCCCUGCCUGUGCUUCCUGCACUGAGUAUCUUUGUGAAUAUCUACCUGAUGAUGCAAAUGACUUCUGGGACCUGGUUUCGCUUUGGAAUCUGGAUGGUGAUCGGAUUUGCUAUCUACUUUGGAUAUGGGAUACAGCACAGCUUGGAAGAGAAGAAUGACCAACAGCCAACAGCCUCAAGCUCCCAGACUCUCCAGGAACUCCAGGAACAUACUCCCAGUGUUGACUUACCUUAACUGGAGAAACGGGAUGCUUCCAGGACCCCAUGGGCAUCAGUUUCCUUCCCUUCCCUUCCCUUUCCCUUUCCUCCCUCUUUCCCUUCCCCCUUUUCCUUUCCUCCCUCUUUCCCUUCCUUUUAUUCUCUCUCUCUCUCUCUCUCUCUCUCUCUCUCUCUCUCUCUCUCUCUCUCUGUGUGUGUGUGUGUGUGGGGCGGGUUGGGAAGGCAGUACUGGGAAUUGAACUUAGAGUCUUGUGCGUCUGAGGCAAAUGCUCCAUCACUGACCUAAUCUCUUGUAGGUAUCUUUAGGUCAAGGAAAAGUUUGAAUAUUUGUGGGCUGUAGAUGGGACUUCUUUUCUUACUUUCUUUUUUUUUCUUCUUCUCUUUUUGGGACUUAUAUCAUUGUAAUUUUGUGAGCAAAUUCCUUAACCUUUUUUUUUUUUUUGGUGUGUGUAUUGAAAUUGGAUCCAUGAUUUUGCAUAUGCUAGGCAAGUAGUACUCUACCACUGAGCCACAUCCCUAGUCCCUUUAGUUAUUUAACUGACAGCAAAAUUUAGGUAUUUACAUAUUAUAGAAUGGUUAAAAAAACUGAUUAAUAUAUGUUUCUUUUUAUGUUUGGGCAGUUAGUCUUCUAUGGCUAAGGUCAGACUUGAACUUGAUCUUCUGAACAUUAUUAUUUAUGGAGAGAGAGAAAACACAUGUGUCACAGUGUUUGUGGAGUUCAAAGGACAACUUUAUAGGUUCCUUCUCCCUUUCCACUUUUCAUGGAUUGAACUCAGGUAUUUAGGCUUUUGUGGCAACAGCUUUACCCACUGAGGCAUCUUGUUGGCCCCUGUAUCCCCUCCCCCACCCAUAAACAGUAUCAUAACUGAGAACUAUCAUGAACUCAUGACCCUUCUGUCACCAGUUCUCCAAGUGUUGGUAUUAUAAGUGUGGACUGUGCUUGUUGUUGUUUUUUGUUCUGUUUUUCAAGACACAGGGUUUCUUGAUGUAGUUCUGGCUAUCCCUGUAACUUACUACAGUAAGUUAGAUCAAGCUGGCCUUGAACACAGAGAUCUCCCCCAUGAGUGCUUAGAUUAAAGGCAUGUGCCACCUCUGGCCUAUCUUCAUGCUCAGUUACUGUGGUGCUAAACAUUAUGCCAGGGUUUUAAGCACAUUUGGACAACCAAUUUACCAACUGAGCUACACCCCCCAACCCUAUGUUUAUGUUUUGUGAUGAAAACAUUAAAUUUUUUUAAACAUUUUACAGAUCUAUAGUGCAUUGUUCAUCUGUGGCAACAUGUAUAUGAACUUGGAGGAUGUAUAUUAUGUUAAGUGAAAUAAAUGAGGUUUGAACAAA